AUGUCGGAAAACAACAAAGAAUCACAGCUUGAAAUCAAGCCCACCACGCCCUCCUCCUCAGAUCAUGGCCCCACCAGCCCAGAGCUGGAGAAGGAGGCCGUUCAGGAUGGGAUCGUCCUAAUUCCGAAACCGCUAGAUGAUCCUCGAGAUCCAUUGAAUUGGCCAUUUCGGAAGAAGUGUGUUAUUCUUGCCACUUUGUCCAUUGCGCUCUUUGCGGGUUAUGCUGCUCCAUUCUGUGGGCAAUUGAACUUGAUUCAGCAAUCCAAACUCUACCACAAGACUGUCGUUGAAAUCACCUAUUUUAACUCGGCUGCCUCUGCUGGUCUGGCAGCGGGAGGAUGGUUCUUUUCACCUCUUGCGCAUAAGUUCGGUCGUAGUGCUGUGGUAUUCUACGCACUCCUUGGAUGUCUGGCCGCCCAAAUAUGGGCUCCUCUGAUGACUGGAAAGGGUGAUUACUGGUCUUACUGGGCGUCUAGACUUGUGGCCGGAUUCUUUGGUAUGGUGUGCAGUGUCUUGGGUCCCCGAUACCUCGUAGACAUGUUCUUUCUUCACCAAAGAGGCAGAGUUUUCACCAUCUUCCAUUUGGCUCUGAAUUUUGGCGCUUCCGCAGGCCCUACAUUUUCAGGCUUCAUCGCCCGCAACAAUUACUGGACUAUCGAGUAUUGGUGGUCGGUGGCACUGUUGGGCGUUGCCGCCAUUUGCGUUUUGCUCUUCUUGGAGGAGACUACCUUUGAUCGCACCCCAGGGGCCGUCAACAUGUCACCUCCCAAGAACUAUCUUGCCAAUCGCAUCCAAACCUUCUUCCCAUUCCUCCCAGGUAACACGGUUGUGAAGGCUACCACUCUGAAGGAAACUAUCAGAGUCGCCAUCCUUCCUUUCAAGAUCGCAAUCUCUCCUGUCGUCUUGCUCAUUGCUGGCUUUGAUGCUAUCAGUUUUGGCUUUUACGUUGCCUUAAACGCCUUGACUCCCGUCUGGCUUCAAAAGCCCAAAAUUGCCGGUGGGUACGGAUUCGACGUUACGGAUAAUGCAGCUUUCACAUUUGUCCACUGGUUUGGAUUUUUGUUCGGUUUGGUUUAUGGACAACUGGUUAGUGACAGGCUUCCGCUGUGGCUCGCAUCUCGGAAGGGUGGAGCCUGGAAGCCUGAAUACCGUCUCCACGCCCUUUGGUUCACCAAUCUUUUCCUCAUGCCUAUAGGCUUAGGACUUGUCGGUGCUUCAUUGCAAUAUAAUCUGCAUUUCAUGGUCUUUGCCCUCGGUCACUUCUUCGUGACAAUCGGGUCCAUGGUUAGCAUUCCGGUAACCGUCAAUUACAUCGCCGAAUGUUUCCGAUCCCAUACUAUCGAAGCCACCAUUCCAGUGAACUCUAUGCGUCUCUUCCUCGGUCUCUCGAUCAACUUUUACGCUACCGAAUGGGUUGCCAAAGUCAACAUCGGGUGGUUCUAUGGCAUGAUGGCAUUUUUCACCGUCUUCGCCUUCUUUUUCCUCAUGAUCUUGAUGUUCUGGGGCCACAAGAUCCGCCAAUGGACACCAUUUGGUCUGGGGUCGGAUGAAGAAGGACAGCAUGUCGUGGAGGGCAAAAGCGUCAACCAUCAUGCUGUUUAA